AUGGAACGCUAUUGGAGAGAGAGGGCGCCUUAUGUGAUACACAUCACGGGCGUUGACAUUAACCCUUCGCAACCGCUCUUCUGGAUUUCGUUGAGUGGUGACUGCACGGCGGAACACGCCGUCACGCAUGGCAUCACGAAUUUAAAACUCGAUGGUUUCAUCGUAUCCCCAAAACCUUCGCUCGUUAUGGAUGAACAACCUCCAUUCAACGUUGUCCUGUUCGGCGAGUCGGGAUGUGGAAAGAGUUCCAUUGUCAACAUGCUCCUUGGCAGCGACGCUGCCGCCACCUCCGGCGGUGGGCGGGGCUGUACCUUUCAAAGUGCAGGUUACGACAUCGUAAUUGGCAAGAAAAACUUUCGUAUUCACGACACCGCUGGCCUCGAGGAAGGGGAGAAAGGACGGGUACCAGCACAUGAUGCCAUCGUCCAGCUUUACAAGCUACUUCGAUCCCUAGAAGACGGGGUCAGUCUCCUUGUCUUCUGCAUGAAGGCCCCGAGAGUGAAGAAAAGUGGGCAGCAUAACUGGAUCCUAUUCCAUGACAUUAUGUGCCAAAGCAAAGUGCCCAUCGCGAUCGUGGUGACAGGCCUAGAGGAAGAAGACGACAUGGAUGAAUGGUGGGAGGACAAUGAAGACGUCUUCCGCGAAUAUGGUAUGCUCUCGCAUGGCCAUGCUUGCAUCACCGCGAUCCGAGGGAAGAAGAAGAAUGGGCGCUUCAUCUUUCAGGAGGAAUAUGACGAAUCCAAGGUGAAGGUCGAGAACAUGAUCAGAAAGUGUUACAAGGUGGAACAACGACGAUUAGACAAGGUUCAGUGGUUCCGAAGGGUGCUUUACGAGACGAGGUACGAGCAUCACUGCUUUUGGACGGAGAUAAUAAAAGAGGAGGUCGGCGAAAUUAAGGGAGCUCUAGAUGACCUAGUUAGUCGUUGCGGGAUGCCGGAAAAGGACGCGAAGCUGCUGGCUGAGGAGCUGAGUCGGGUUCCAUAG